GGGGCGCCGCAGCUCCCGCUCCCCGCUCGGCCCUUCCCGGCGCGCCCCGCGGCCGCAGCGGACCCGUCCCCGGCCUGACCUUCGCGCUCCGCCGCCACGAUGGUGCAGACCAUGAUUCCAAAGUCAUGGAGAUCCAUGAAACUCUACUUCACUACUGUAUAUCAAGAGAUUUGGGUUGGUGUGGCAUUAACAGCUUAUGCUUAUUACAAAAUCUCCUAUGGCGGCAAAAAAGCAGUGGCAAAUAAGUCCUCUGGCCAUCAUUAAAGACCCCUUCUCUUCUUGGAAUAUGAAUUUGGUGGUUCGUCAUCUUUGCUGUAAAUGAAGCAAGUCACAACCCUAGGGAAAUUACUCUAAAACUGUACCUGAUCCAUCUGCUGUAAUGGGAGAAGGAAUAAAUCCAUUGAGUCACAACUAAUUAAAGAUGUUGGACAAAGUA